UAGUUUAGUAACAACUUACUGUUGUGCAGUUAUCUCUAUAGUCGAUAUAAGUAUUAGGUUCCAUUGAAUAUAUUUUGUGUGUUUAUAAGUUAACACCAUGGCUAAGGUUUUAUUUUUGGUUUCCACAAUGCUUCUGAAUUCAUACUUAUCGGAACAAGCAACAUUAUUUCACGAUGACAAUAUUAUCGAUAAAUCAGUCAUGGGAACUGAUACAUUAAAGGUCGGAGAAAAUGUUGGUCCCAAUUCAGUGGAAGAAGAACAUUUGAUGUUGUCAGGAACAAGGGGAGUUGAAGCCACUUCUAAAUCAAAAAUGCUACACAAAACCCGCAAUCGCAGGUGCUUUAGGGUAGAAAUAGACCACCAGAUUGACCAGGAAUUUGAUGCAAGAAAACGCUGGCCCCACUGCAAAACAAUUGGUGAAGUCCACAAUGAUGGAAACAGCCUCUUAUCUUGGGCUUAUGUCCCCACCGGAGUAUUCGCAGACAGAAUGUGCAUAGCAACUAAUGGAACGUACAAUCAACUCCUAUCCACCGAAGAGCUAAUUUCCUGCAGUGGUAUAAAGGAGGAUGAAUUCGGUAGCGUUAAUGAUGACUAUGUUUGGGAAUAUUUAAAAAAUCACGGCUUAGUCUCCGGUGGAAAAUACAACACUAACAAUGGAUGUCAACCUUCCAAAAUUCCACCAAUCGGUAACCUACCAACAGGUUUAUACGAAAAUACAUGUGAAAAGCGCUGUUACGGUAAUAAUACGAUCAAUUACAACCAAGAUCACGUGAAAAUUAAAAACCACUAUGAUAUAGAAUACGAAGAUAUUCAAAGGGAAGUGCAAAAUUACGGUCCAGUCUCAAUGGCUUUCAGAGUUUUCGAUAAUGACUUCUUCCUUUACAAAAGUGGUGUUUAUGAAAAAACUACAAAUUCGGAAUUUAUUCAAUGGCAAUAUGCCAAGUUAAUUGGAUGGGGAGUCGAGAAUGGUGUAGACUAUUGGUUGUUGGUAAACUCUUGGGGAUAUGAAUGGGGACAGAAUGGAUUGUUCAAAAUCAAAAGGGGCACAGAUGAAUGCAACAUCGAAACUUUUGUUCAUGCAGGUGAACCUCAAUUAAUAUAAUAAUAUUAUGUUCUUAUGAAACAAUAAUAUUUGUCAUUUUAAACCAACUUGAAACAAUAUUCAAAUACUUAGAACUAAAUUAUUCGACUGUAUUUAAUAAUAUAAUAUUUUAUUCAAAAUGUACUGUUAUUUUAUCAAUAAUAAAACUGUAUUAUUACAUUGAAAAUUGAAUACAAGGUUUCUCAUAAGUUGUGGUUAAUGCAAAUUAAAAAAAAAGUUGAGCAUAAA